UAUCGAAAGAUACGGAGAGAAAGCCGUGCAGACCCUCCCCCUGGAACUUUUUUCAUCGCUACCACGCACGGCAAGAGAACGACACUUGACUUGAGUUGUAGUUUUUAACGGGACAGGGCAUGUGACCUUAUGCGGGAAAACAGCAACCGAACUGUUCGGGAAGACUCCCCAACUUUCUUCUAUCCUGAAACUUCGAAAGAUAUGUUGUGCUUCCAGACGAAAAUGGUGGAUUUAGAGGGGUGUAAUAAGUCCCCCAAGGAUUUAGACGAAUAUGCAUAUCAGAAUGAGGUAAAAAGAAACAGACAAGACACAGAAAGUGAUAUCACCAAUAUUAGCCAGCAUACAAAUUCUAUAAGUAGUCAAGAGAGUCAGCAAGGUAGUCUUUCCAGUCCAGAGACUCAAGGCGACAGUGGACAGACCUCUCCACAUUCUCUAGCAUCUGAAUCCCCAAGUUUACCACCCACACUCUCCACAAAUGGUGUCCUAGGUCCUAUGGCAAGUCCCAAUGAUUCGCCGUCAUAUAAUUCUACAUCUGCUUGGGGAAUGUGCGGAAAUGAAGCCCCAGUGAAAGUAGAACAUUUAUCAGCGCCUGACGCUUCUCAUCUUGAUUCUGGAUAUCCUACAACAGAUUCAUUAGCAAAUUAUACAGGCGAUAUUAGUCCAGGCAAAGGAGCUACAGCCCUGGAUUUCACAGGUUCCUAUCCAGCUUCGUACUACAGCAGCAGCAUGCAGGCAUAUCAGCAAUUCGGAGCUCAAAAUCCUGCUUAUUCGAUGCAAGCGGCUUCAAACUUUUACAAUCAGGCAAGCCAAGCCACAGCUGCUUACAACGUCCUUUCUCAAUCCUACGGUGUAACAGGUGGUCGUGGGCUAAGUCAUCAAAAUAGCAAAACCAGUAACAAUUCAUUAACUCAAAGUGCGUAUCUGAACCCAUACAGUACACAUUUUCCAGCUGGAAAUGGAACACAGUCAGCUCAAAAUCCAUAUACAUAUGGUGGCGCUUAUUCUGCGAGUGGUUUCCCGAGCAACGCUGCAAAUGCACAAUCAUAUUCCUCUCAACAGGGUGUCGACUACAGCUCCUACGGUGGCUACAGUCAAAGUGGCUACCCUUACUAUCCCACCCAAGGCUAUCCCUACAUCCCCCCAACAAACAACACUUCCCCCUUGGGGCUAGCAGCGUCCUCCAAUGUUCCCACCACAGCAACUUAUCAACUGUCACAGCUCCCACCAUGUUCCACAACAGAUGUUUCACCAUAUGCCCUUGACAACCACCAUCCAACUUCGCCCGUAAAACUUGAAACCACCAACGGAACGAGAGAUCCUCUCAUUAAAAAAAGUGGUAAAUCUGGGAAAGGUAGAGGCCGGAGGCUGAACAAUCCUAGUCCAGAUCCUGAGAACAAUCUGGAAAGGGUAUUUGUGUGGGAUUUGGAUGAAACUAUCAUCAUAUUCCACUCUCUCCUUACCGGUUCCUAUGCUACCCGAUAUGGAAAGGAUGCUCCUCUGUCUGUGUCAUUGGGUUUAAGAAUGGAAGAAAAAAUUUUCAAUCUUGCCGAUACUCACUUUUUCUUCAAUGAUUUAGAGGAGUGUGACCAAGUGCACAUUGAUGACGUUUCUUCUGACGACAAUGGACAGGACCUUACUAACUAUAAUUUCCAAGCUGAUGGUUUCCAUGCAGCAGCAACAAACGCUAGUCUGUGCCUUGCUACAGGAGUCAGAGGAGGUGUGGAUUGGAUGAGGAAGUUGGCCUUCCGGUACAGAAGAAUAAAGGAGAUUUACAAUCAAUACAGAAAUAAUGUUGGAGGUCUGCUCGGUCCAGUCAAAAGAGAAGAAUGGUUGCAACUGCGUUCUGAAAUCGAAAAUUUAACCGACAACUGGGUCACCCUCGCUCUGAAAUGUCUCUCAAUAAUUCAUUCCAGGUCCACUUGCGUGAACGUUUUAGUAACGACGACGCAGCUGGUCCCAGCAUUAGCGAAGGUCCUCUUGUAUAAUUUGGGUGGAGUUUUCUCUAUAGAGAACAUUUACAGCGCCACUAAAACAGGCAAAGACACCUGCUUUGAGCGGAUAGUGUCCAGGUUCAGUCGCAAAUGUACUUACGUCGUUAUUGGGGACGGACGGGAUGAAGAGCAUGCAGCCAAACAGAUGAAUUUCCCAUUUUGGCGAGUGAGUAGCCAUUCUGAUUUAGCAGCUCUUCAUCACGCUUUGGAUUUGGGACACCUGUGAAGAAACUCUAUGUCACAAAAAAAGCAAACUUUCCAAAUAAAAGAUGAUUUAACAUUGAAUCGUGUGUCCAAUCGACGAACACAAAAUAUAAAAAUUUGUUUUCUUUUGCAUCAGAGGUUUCCAUGUACAGUUGGAAUGCGUUCAAGACUGCUAAUGUGGGUGCAAUAUUAAUUACAGUACAGGAAAAGGAACCAUUGUGAAACCUCUUAUCUUGGGAAACCACCUAUAAUCAUUCCAAGGUCAAACAACUAUGGAAGACCUGUCUGUGUCUGGCUGAUGGUGGACUUCCAUUUUGAUUUUGAAGAAAACAUUAUUAAAAAAAAAAAAAACUUUUUUUUUUCUUUACACUUGAAGUGAUAUAGAAUGAAGAAUAGUAUAUUAUCAUUUUGAAUUUAAUGAAUGACUUUGCACAAUUAUUUACAUUCAAGUUUUGGCAACCGCCAUCUUCUUGGGAUAAGUUCCAAUCGCGAACUUGCUAUCGUUUUCAUGAUACUGGAAUGUUUUAGAAAUAUUUUUUACGCUUCUCGUCAAAUUAAGAACACUGGGUGUUCGUAAACCUUGUGAAGAAGUUAUAUUGUUUAUAUUAUAUGGAUGUUAAACGCAUCUCUUAAAUACCUUUGGGGAUAAAAGAUUUCUAUAUAUUCCAGUCAGUUAUAACUAAAUGAAUUGAGAUAUGCUUAGGAAUAUGAAUGUUUUCUUUUUCUUUCUUUCUUUUUUUUUUUCCCCUUACGUUCUUUUCUUUCUUUUUCUGGUUUUAGUUGGAAAAAUGAAAAUCUCAAUAAAAGAAGAUAAGUCUUCUUUCAACUGUUUUUAUUGUAGACAAAUACGUUUUUGCUCAUUAGAAAAUAAUACUUCUUUAAAGCUUUUUAAAAAUUAUCUUUUUCCCUUUUUAUGACAUGUGAGUUGGAAUUAAUCUCACCAAAAAAAAUAUAAUUAGUUUUUUAUAAAUGAAGAUUCUGUUUCUUAGAAGGAAGUCAUUUGUUUCCAUUUAGACCAAACAAUCUAUUUCCACAUUGUUUUAUUUUUUUUUUAAAUAAAUAAACAUAUUUUUAAAAAUG